AUGCACGACUUGGAGCAUGAGCUUGUGUAUGACCACAAGGGCAACGUCAAGGGUGGAACGCUGCUUGCCUUGGUGGAGCGCUUGACGCGACACGACUUUCUGGAUUCGACCUAUAACAGCACUUUCUUGCUGACCUACAAGUCCUUCACGACUGCACAAGAACUCUCACGCAUUCUGAUGCAACGUUUUGUGAUUACACCGCCAGCUGGAUUGAGUUCGGUUGAGCUGCAAUUGUGGGUUGAGAAGAAGCAGCAGCCCAUCAAGUUGCGUGUCUUUAACAUUUUCAAGUCUUGGAUGGAGAGCUUCUUCAUGGAGCCACAGUGUCAAAAGACAGUCGACUGGCUUAAUGGCCUGAAUGAAUUCGCUGUGAUGCACAUGGCGAAUUCUCUUCCUGGCGUUCCUGUGCUUACAAAAUUGAUUGAUACACGCAUUGAGCAAGGAGACGUGCCAUUCCGCAGAAUGACGCUCAAUCUCACCUCGCCAGUACCGCCACCCAUUGUACCCAAAAAUACAAAGCGAUUGCGAUUAUUGGAGAUUGACCCACUCGAGGUUGCUAGACAACUCACGAUUAUGGAAAGCACGUUGUACAACAAAAUCAAGCCUGUCGAGUGCCUAGACAAGUCUUGGUCUCGUCGCGAAGCAGGCACUGAGAAUGCAGAGAAUAUCAAGGCCAUGAUUUUCAAUUCAAAUCGCAUCACCGUCUGGGUGGCUGAAGUAAUCCUGGCGCAGACGGAAUUGAAGCGACGCGUUCAAAUCAUCAAGCAUUUGAUUCAAGUACUCCGACAUUGUCGUGGGCUCAACAACUUCUCAACCCUCACUGCCAUCAUUUCUGGUCUCAACUCGGCUCCAGUGCAUCGACUUCGACGGACAUGGUCACAGAUUCCGAGUCGUUUGAUGCAGACUGUUGAGAGUCUCAAUGACUUGAUUAGUGCUGCAAAGAAUUUUUCAGCGUAUCGCGAAACGUUGCACAGUCAUCAGCCACCUUGUGUGCCGUUCCUAGGCGUGUACCUGACAGACUUGACUUUUAUUGAAGAUGGCAAUGCCCAUACACUCAACCAUAAGGGACGCGAGUACAUCAGCUUCUCGAAACGACAAAAGACGGCUGAAGUGAUUCGCGAGAUUCAGCAAUACCAGCACGUGCCGUAUGCUCUACAACCAUUGCCGGACAUCCAAAAGUACAUUACGUCUUGCUUGGAUUUGACGCGCGAAAUUUCAGACAUGUGGGAUUUGAGUUUGGAGCGGGAGCCUAGGGAGCGUGAGGAUGAGAAGAUUGCCAGGCUGUUGCAAGAGAGUGGGUUCUUGUAA